UGGCGGCGCGGUUGAGCCUUAGCUACUGAAGGGACUGAGAUUCGGAGGAUCAGUGUUUGAAGUCAGCCAGAGCAGAGACUUCAUCUUCAAAAUAAUCAGCAAAAAAAGUGAUGCUUGCAGGCAGAAAAAGUGAACUGUCAAGGAAUUCAGUUCUCUGAGUACUUAUUACUUGGACUACGUGAGGAGUUCUUGGUUUAGUGGAUCAGCUGGCAACAGAAAAUGAAAAGCAGUGUAGCACAUAUAAAGCAUUCUUCUGGUCAUGACAGAAGGGAAAGCUGUGAUUCAUAUCAGAGGAGUUCCUCUCCGGAAGACAGAUAUGCAGAAAAAGAAAGGUCCUCCCGGGAGAGAGAUUACUUUGAUUACAGCAGGUCUGACUACAGUAGGUCAGACUAUGAUCGUUCAAGAAGAGGACAUUCUUACGAUGGCAGUAUGGAAUCAAGAAGCAGGGACCGAGAAAAACGCAGAGAAAGAGAAAGAGAUACAGAUCGAAAAAGGUCCCGGAAAUCCCCAUCUCCUGGAAGAAGAAGCCCACCACCUUCAGUAACCCAGAGUUCUGCUCAGGAUGAACCUACUUCAAAGAAGAAAAAAGAUGAUCUGGAUCCUCUCCUUACUCGAACUGGUGGAGCAUAUAUUCCUCCUGCAAAGCUUAGGAUGAUGCAAGAACAGAUUACAGACAAAAACAGCUUAGCAUACCAGAGAAUGAGCUGGGAAGCGCUGAAGAAGUCUAUCAAUGGUCUUAUCAACAAAGUCAACAUUUCCAAUAUAAGUAUUAUUAUUCAAGAGCUUCUUCAAGAAAAUAUAGUUAGAGGAAGAGGGCUGCUGUCCAGAUCUGUUUUGCAAGCGCAAAGUGCUUCUCCAAUCUUCACCCAUGUUUAUGCAGCAUUAGUGGCAAUUAUCAACUCAAAAUUUCCACAAAUUGGAGAAUUAAUCCUCAAGAGGCUGAUUCUUAAUUUUCGAAAAGGCUAUCGAAGAAAUGAUAAGCAACUUUGCCUUACUGCUUCAAAAUUUGUGGCACAUCUUAUUAACCAAAACGUGGCACAUGAAGUUCUGUGCUUAGAGAUGCUCACUUUGCUCCUAGAAAGGCCAACAGAUGAUAGUGUUGAAGUAGCCAUUGGUUUUCUUAAGGAAUGUGGCCUCAAAUUAACACAAGUGUCACCAAGAGGAAUCAAUGCUAUUUUUGAAAGACUUCGAAACAUUCUACAUGAAUCUGAAAUUGACAAAAGAGUUCAGUAUAUGAUUGAAGUGAUGUUUGCUGUACGAAAGGAUGGAUUCAAGGACCACCCAGUUAUUCUGGAAGGACUUGACUUAGUUGAGGAAGAUGAUCAGUUCACCCACAUGCUUCCUUUGGAGGAUGACUAUAACCCAGAAGAUGUUCUUAAUGUUUUCAAGAUGGAUCCUAACUUUAUGGAGAAUGAAGAGAAGUACAAAGCUAUUAAGAAAGAAAUACUUGAUGAAGGAGACAGUGAUUCAAAUACAGACCAAGAUGCUGGGAGUAGUGAAGAGGAAGAGGAAGAAGAGGAGGAAGAAGGAGAAGAAGACGAAGAAGGACAAAAAAUGACUAUUCAUGACAAAACAGAAAUUAAUCUAGUCUCAUUCCGUCGUACAAUAUAUCUUGCUAUUCAGUCAAGUUUAGAUUUUGAAGAAUGUGCCCACAAAUUGCUGAAAAUGGAGUUUCCCGAAAGUCAAACAAAAGAACUAUGUAAUAUGAUACUUGAUUGCUGUGCUCAACAAAGGACAUAUGAGAAAUUUUUUGGCUUAUUAGCUGGGCGAUUUUGCAUGCUAAAAAAAGAAUACAUGGAAUCCUUUGAAAGUAUAUUCAAAGAACAGUACGACACUAUCCAUCGUUUGGAGACAAACAAAUUGAGAAAUGUUGCCAAAAUGUUUGCUCACUUACUAUACACGGAUUCACUUCCAUGGAGUGUUCUUGAGUGUAUAAAACUGAGUGAAGAAACCACUACAUCAUCAAGUAGAAUUUUUGUCAAAAUAUUUUUCCAAGAACUGUGUGAAUAUAUGGGUCUUCCUAAACUUAAUGCAAGAUUAAAGGAUGAAACUCUACAGCCUUUCUUUGAAGGAUUAUUACCCCGAGACAAUCCAAGAAACACACGGUUUGCCAUCAACUUCUUCACUUCUAUAGGGCUUGGAGGCUUAACGGAUGAAUUGCGUGAGCAUCUCAAAAAUACACCCAAAGUCAUCGUGGCACAGAAACCAGAUGUUGAACAAAAUAAAUCCUCCCUGACCUCUUCCUCUUCAGCCUCAUCCUCCUCAGAGUCAGACUCCUCGAACUCUGCGUCUGACAGCAGUGAGAGCAGUUCAGACUCUUCCAGUGAUGAGAGUGACUCCUCCUCCAGUGGCAGUCAGAGCUCAUCCUCAGCUAAAAAUAUAAGAAAUAAGGAGCAAGGGAAGACCAGAAGUAAAGAAGUAGAUAAAUUAAUCAGGCACCAACAAGCAAAUGAUAAGAGAAAAGAAGAAAGAAUUGCAGAACAAUGGCACCAGGAAACAAGGAUUGAAAGAGAAAGAAGGUCAGAAAGACACAGAGGUCAGAGCUCAAGAGAUCCAAAUUGGAGAGAUCCCAUAACAAAACACACAUCAGACAGAAGUAUUCCUUUCGAAGGAAAUAGUUACCAUAGAGCUGGGAAUGACCGAGACCAAGAAAUGCACAUAGACUUAGAAAAUAAGCAUGGUGAUCCAAAAAAGAGGAGAGGAGAGAGAGGAAGUUCUUUUCCUGAAAAUGAGAAACAUAGAAUUCGAAGUCAUGAUGGUGAAAGUGUUAGAAGAAAAGCAAGAUCAAAGUCAAGGGAAAAGAAUAGAAAACAUUCAACAUCUAAAAGUGACGAAGAUAGGUAUCAGAAUGGUUCUGAGAGACGGUGGGAAAAAUCUAGUAGGUACUCUGAACAUUCCAGAGAAUCAAAGAAAAAUCAACACUGGAGAAGAGAAAAGUCUCCAGCAAAGCAAAAAUAAUUCUACAACAUAACAAACUGAACGUGCCUUAUAUUCCAUCAGUGGAAGUGUUUUACAUUGUGAACUUCAUAGAGAACUCUUGUACAAAGCACUGGUUUGUAUUUGUAAAGUUUGAAAAUGUUUUCAUUUCAGUGUGUUUUAUAAUUGAUGCAUUUCAAGGCCCUCUUGGUGUAAUUAUUGGGAAAGAAAAGUCUCAGCAAAAGAAGAUGUAUGCCUUGCUUAUAUUUUAUAAAUAAAAUGGUGGUCUACGAA